UUCCAUUCCUCGGUUCAGCGUGGAGCUGCGUGGAGCUGUCUGAUCGUGGCCGGGAUGGAGCUCUCUCUCACGGCCAGCCUGCUGCUCUCCCUGCUCGUGGCGGCGGUUCCGCAGCAGGUGGACUGCGGUUCUUCCGGGCUGAAGCGGGUGAUGCGCGCGCAGCUCCUCGGGUUCGACUGGAAGAACUGCGGGAAGCCCGACGCCCCGGCGGUCCUGAAGACCCUGGCUGUGUCUCCGGACCCCAUCGCCAUUCCGGGGAACCUGACGGCCUCAGCGUCCGGGUCCACGGCUGUGGAGCUGGCCGCGCCGCUGGCUGUGAACGUGACGCUGGAGCGGGAGGUGGCGGGUUUCUGGGUGACGGUCCCCUGUCUGGACGAGCUGGGCAGCUGUCACUACCAGGACGGCUGCCAGCUGCUGGACCAGCUGAUCCCGCCGGGCCAGGACUGUCCAGAACCGCUGCACAGCUACGGCCUGCCCUGCCGCUGCCCCUUCAAGGCCGGCUCGUACUCGCUGCCCAAGUCCGACUUCUACCUGCCCUACGUGGAUCUGCCACACUGGCUGACCAACGGGAACUACCGGGUCCAGGGCGUCCUGGGCGCCGGGGGCAAGGAGCUGGGCUGCCUGAAGAUCGCUCUGUCCAUCCACUCCGAGUGACCACAAUCAAGCAGCUCUGUGUUGAUUUGCACAUAAAACGGGUUCACAAUCUGGAAAUGGAAGCAGAAGUUGCACAAAAUAAUGGGAAAAAGGAAAAAAAAGAGAGAGAGGAAACAGUUCAGGUACUGCUGCAAACAAAAAUACUGGGUUUCAUUAAAGCAGAAGAUAAAUCUGAUUGUUUCUUCUUCAAAAUUGGAGAAAAGCAGUUUUUAAUCGGUACAAACAUCCAUCAGGGCUGCACUUUUGCAACUGUAUGCAAAUGUAGCUUUAAUUAGUUCUCUGAAAGAUGAUCAGAUGGGAAACGUUGCUUUUUUCCUUAAAAAGCAACCUUUUUCCUCAUUUCUAACAAAAAAGGGUAACUUUUAAUCUUAAAUUGAUUUUUUUUCUUCUCUUUUGCAGUUUCAUAGAUUUUAAAAUUUGUGAUUCGUGUUUUUUUAUAUGCUUAUAUAUGCUUUUGACCUUUUCUGCCUCUUUAGGUUUGUGGCAGAGUUUUAGGUACGAAUGAGUCGGACACUUGACGCUCAAACACAAAAUUUGGCUGUUGGCGCGGCGCCAUCUCAGUUUGUGUGUUUAUAUCUAUUAACAUCAAUUAUCUGCAGGACAGAUGACAUCCAUUUCACUCGCAUGUAGACAUUCACGCAGGUAUUUUGGUUUCCCUGCAACUCAUGGAGGUUUUCCUCAGAAAGGUCUUAUGCAUGAAAUCUGCAGUUCCUCACAUGAGCCGAUGGAUCCAUUACUCCCUAAGUCUUUACUUCUACUGUUGCAAUGACACAUUUAGUUGCAGAGCACAAGAAACCCCCAGAAAGGAUGCUUGUUAUGAAGUAUAUGUGUGACAGAGAUGCACGGAGACAUUAGGACGAGACAAACACGCUGAAAUGGCUGAUUCGAUAAUUACAUUUGAGCCUUAAUUUGGGCUCAUUUAACCACAUUUCUGUUCAGGUUGGAGGUAUUUAGACAUUGUCUUCAUGAGCCACACAGUUGGGACUUGUUUCCUGAUAAACAAGUUUACAUCUUCUCAAAAAACUGAGGAUGUUCAUUCAUAGAUGUUUAUUUUCUUCACACAUUCACAUUUAAUUCCCAUCAGUUUAUGCAAUAAUAGUUUUAAUUCAUGUGCUCUGGCUCAUUAAACUUUCCAGAAGAGGCUUCUUUUAUUCUAUGUGAACCAUUUUUGAGGGAACCUGUUGGCGUUUCUGUCUCUGCAGAUGUAAGUUGGUCCAAGGAAACACUUCGGUUUGUGUUUUUUCUUUUGAUGAUUCAUUUUUAUUUUCUACCAGCAAAAAGGUUUUUGAUUGAGCUUUAAGUAGGAUGCACAUGUGGAUAUACUUUUAGUUAUGUGUGAUUCAUUUCUGGGUUGUUUUUUUUUUAAGUGCCUGAUUACAUCUUUAGGUGGAAAACUGAAAGGGACUAAUGAAUCGUAGAGGAAUUUGUGUUGAUUUAUAAACAGUUGAUCAAGGUUAGAAUAGUUUUUAUGCUGUUAGAUAAAAAAUGAUUAAAACUGCUUAAAACAUCUCAUGCUUGUAACUGAUCCCACACUGUGUAAAGAUUUGAAUAAACCUUUUUUAUAAGUCUCAUCAUC